AUGGCUCUCUCCAAGACUGCUCUAGACAGUGAUGUUUCUGUCCACUCAACAUUUGCAUCUCGAUAUGUUCGAGCCUCACUUCCAAGGUUCAGAAUGCCAGAGAAUUCAAUCCCAAAAGAGGCAGCCUACCAGAUCAUAAACGAUGAGCUAAUGUUAGAUGGUAAUCCUAGGCUUAACCUGGCAUCUUUUGUGACAACAUGGAUGGAACCUGAAUGUGACAAACUCAUCAUGGCUUCCGUUAACAAGAACUACGUUGACAUGGAUGAGUAUCCUGUCACCACUGAAUUACAGGCAACACAUCUCUUUAAUGCCCCACUUGGAGAAUCAGAGACUGCGAUUGGAGUAGGAACGGUAGGAUCCUCAGAGGCAAUCAUGUUGGCUGGUUUGGCAUUCAAAAGAAAAUGGCAGAACAAGAGAAAAGCUGAGGGAAAGCCCUAUGAUCAGCCCAACAUUGUCACUGGGGCUAAUGUUCAGGUUUGCUGGGAGAAAUUUGCUAGGUAUUUUGAAGUGGAGUUGAAAGAAGUUAAGCUGAGAGAUGGCUAUUAUGUGAUGGACCCUGAAAAGGCUGUGGAAAUGGUAGAUGAGAACACAAUCUGUGUUGCUGCUAUCCUUGGCUCUACUCUUAAUGGAGAAUUUGAAGAUGUCAAGCUCUUGAAUGAUCUCUUGACUGAGAAGAACCAGGAAACUGGGUGGGAUACACCAAUCCAUGUGGAUGCAGCAAGUGGAGGAUUUAUUGCACCAUUUAUAUACCCAGAUCUUGAAUGGGAUUUUCGGUUGCCAUUAGUGAAGAGUAUCAAUGUCAGUGGGCACAAAUAUGGACUAGUUUAUGCUGGAAUUGGUUGGAUCAUUUGGAGGAGCAAAGAGGACUUGCCUGAAGAGCUUAUCUUCCGUAUCAAUUAUCUUGGAGCUGAUCAGCCCACCUUCACCCUUAACUUCUCUAAAGGUUCUAGUCAAGUCAUUGCUCAAUACUAUCAACUAAUUCGUUUGGGUUAUCAGGGAUACAAGAACGUAAUGGAAAAUUGUAGAGACAACAUGCUAGUGCUCAAAGAAGGAUUGGAGCAGACAGGCAGGUUCAACAUUAUUUCUAAAGACGAUGGAGUUCCAUUGGUAGCAUUUUCCUUGAAGGACAAUAGCACCAACAGUGAGUUUGAGGUAUCCGACAUGCUAAGGCGUUUUGGUUGGAUUGUGCCUGCCUACACCAUGCCUCCUGAUGCUCAACAUGUUACCGUGUUGCGCGUUGUCAUACGAGAAGACUUCUCGCGAACGCUAGCUGAACGGCUUGUCAAUGACAUUCAGAAAGUUAUACAUGAGCUUGAGAGCCUACCAUGCAAAGUUUGUGCUGGGAUUUCGAUUUCUGGUGAUGGCGACAAAGAGGAGCAUGGUGCUGUAUUGGUGAAGAAAACUGCUCUAGAGACCCAGAGGGAGAUAACUACGAUUUGGAGGAAGUUUGUCAUGGAAAAGAAGAAGAUGAAUGGUGUUUGUUGA